UAGAAGACCACAGUGGGCACAGGUGAGCUCCCAGCUACACGCCCCAGGACUGCAUCCAGGAGUGGGCAGGUCUUUCCCGUCUCAGACAGUCAGACCUGAGCCAGCCCCACACGAGCACCCAGAUCUCAGAGGCAUCAGAACAGCCCUGUGCUCACAUCAGGCUCUGAGUCUCCCUGAGGAAUUGCUGCUGCUGAAUGCUUCUCCCUGUGGCUGCAGACCUGGAGCCUUUAUAAAGUGAGCGAGCACACCGUCCUGUCCAGUCUCAGCUGGGAAGCCAGCCAGCCAUGAGGGUCUACUACCUUCUCUUUGCGUUGCUCUUCAUGAUCUUGCUGCCUGUUCCAGGCAAUGGUGGAAUCAUAAGUGGGUUACAAAAGUAUUAUUGCAAAAUAAGAAGCGGCCGGUGUGCUCUGAUUGGCUGCCUUCCAAAGGAGGAACAGAUAGGCCGCUGUUCCCUGAGUGGCCGAAAAUGCUGCCGGAAGAAGAAAUGAAAAAUCCAGCAAAACGAAGAGAAAGUAGCAUAGUGUGAAAAUGCCUCCUUGAAGACUCCAGAAGCCAAAUCAAAUUAAAGACUUUUUACAAAAAAUUA